AUGCCGGGCAUUGCCGGCGUUAACAUCCACGUCCACCGCUCACUCACCAGCUGGCCGGCGGCGUCGAGUGUGGCGGCACGGACGCCGCAGAGGCUUGGGCGCAUUGUCCACCUCCAUGCGCUGGUGUGGGAAGUCGGCCCACCCGCUGAAGCCGCAGUCGGGCACUGCUUCACCUGCCCGCGGCUCGAGUGCCACCACCCGGGCACCCUGGUCCGCUCACGGACAGCCGCAGCCAGCCUCGUCUGUCCGGGCUGUGGCGCUCGGGUUGUCGAGGAUCUCUCUGCCCGCGCCGUCGUCGCCCACCACCACGCGCUGGUUGUCCGUGCUGACGCCUCGCCGUUUGCGGCGCGGACCCUGCUCGUGGUCAUCACACCUGUGGCCGGCGAUCCGCACGCCUUUGGCAUCGCCCCGCGCAAGCUUGCGCCUGGCCAGUGGAUCACCUGCAUUGGACGGAUCGAGGAGGCCGACAGCAUCCGCGCCGCGCCGAUGGUUGUCACCGCCUCGCUCGGUCUGGUCGUCUCGGCAGUAGCAAGUGCGGCAGGUGGGCGUAGCGUCGACGCGCCCGCUGCCGCCGCUUUGUGGGCUACCCAUGUCCUUGUUGUGACCUCGGCCGACGACGCAGGCGUCCGCGAUGUGGUCGUCGGCGAGGUCUGCGCCUCUACCGCAGCCAUUGUCCUCGCCUCGACCACGCUCAAAACCAGCAUUAGCGCCGACGUGUCCAAGUCGGGCUGGUCGCGGUCGGGCGCACUCCCGCUCUGCUCCCACCGCGUCAUCGCGCUCCCACACGCCGACCAUGUCCGCAAGGCCGACGCCUGCCAGAUCGGCCUCAUCAUGUCGGCCGCACGGGUCCCACUUCAGCGCGCCCAGCACGGCGCAGACUCUCUGGCGGUCCCGGCUUCGGUGUGGGCACUCACGACCGCUGCCGCAAGCUCCGACUCCGGUCCUGGCCCCGGCUCCAUCUGCUGUGACGACUUUGUCGACCUCGCUGCUUCGUCGUCGCGCCGGGUCGUCGCCCCACUGCCGAGUGCCACCCGUCGUACUCGGCUCCAUCUCGCUUCCAAGAUUGUCGCUGCCCACAUCGCGCCGCACGCUCACCUUGUCUUUUACAUUCCGCACAGCUCGAGCUCAAAGCAGUACAUGGCUGCCCGGUUCGGGAGCCAGCUGGAGCCUGAUGGCCGCGUCGACUUUGGAACUCGGUUCCUCUGGCACGCCCAGGCUGUUGCCCGCCAGGCCGAUCUUGCCCGCAUUGUUUCCCUCUCGACGCCGGCCUCGGACCUCCUCGACCGCUACUACCAGAGCCAACGCGCGCGUGGCGGGCUCAUCCGCGUCGCCGACCUCGACACCCUCGCUCGCUGCGCCAAAGUCAUCUGUGCGCUCGACGGCGGCACGUCCUUUGGCGCUGGCCCUGUCAACGAUGACGCCUCGACAGACGUCGACGACGACUCCGAUGAUGACAGCCGUCACGCCGAUAGCCUGCCGCUUGCCCAGCCGGUCCACGCCGCGCUCGCGGUCGUGCUCAUGGAGGAGACUCUCAUGGCGCGCCACGGGGCCAGCGCUGCGCUUCUCCUCUCAUUCAGCGAAGCUUUUGCCCGUGGAAUUGGAACAUCGGCUCUAGUCACUGACUACGCCGGCGCCACUCUUGGUGAGCGCGCGCUUGCGUUUGCCCAUGAUCUCGACAGCUUUCUCGCGCGCGAGUGGUGA